UAUCGACUAUCGACUCUGAAGCCUGUCGACUUUUUCGGUUCUUUUAAAACUCGGUUUAAAAUUAAAAUUUACUUUUGAACUGAUAAAUUUGAUUACAAAUGUAUGUUCCUCGAUUAAAAGUUAACGGCUUAAAAAACAAACUUAUUUAAUCGGUAUCGUUUGCAGCCCUUCAACGUUCGUUCAGUUAUUGAUAACAUUAAGUUAAACCAAGUCGGCUUUGUGUAAACCAGAUGGAUGCUUCAAUGGAAAACGUAUGGGAGAAACUCGGUAGACCAAAGUAUGUGUUGGCUCCGAUGGUCGAGCAGAGCGAGUUGGCUUGGCGAAUGCUGGCUCGUAAGCACGGUGCCCAACUGUGCUACGCUCCGAUGUUGCACAGUCAAAAUUUUGUCCAAGACAGAAAAUACCGCCGAGAAUUUUUCACUACUUGUCCCGAAGACCGACCGCUGAUCGUUCAGUUUUGUGGAAAUGAUCCGCAAACACUGUUGAAAGCUGGCAAACUCUUAGAGGACAGCUGUGAUGCCGUCGACUUGAAUUUGGGAUGUCCACAGGCAAUAGCGAAGCGAGGGUUCUACGGAUCAUUCCUUCAGGAUGAAUGGAAGCUUAUACACGAAAUAGUGAAAACGUUGCGACAAAACCUUAGCGUACCGGUGACUUGCAAAAUACGUAUAUUUGAUGAUGUGUCCAAAACAGUGGCAUACGCCAAAAUGUUAGAAGAAGCCGGUUGCCAAAUGUUAUCCGUUCACGGUCGAAUCCGGGAACAAAAAGGUCGGCUGACAGGAUUGGCUGAUUGGAGUCAAAUAAAAGCCGUCAAAGAAAACGUUAAUAUUCCCGUGUUGGCCAACGGUAACAUACUCACCGGCAACGACGUACACAGGUGUUUGUACGAAACUAUGUGCGAAGGUGUAAUGUCUGCCGAAGGACAUCUGCACAAUCCUUACAUUUUCGAAAACCAAACGCCCCCCAUUUGGGAACCGGCACUCGAGUACUUGGACUUGAGCCAGCAAUAUCCUUGUCCACUGUCCAACACUCGAGGCCAUCUGUUCAAACUGUGUUACCACGUAUUUUGUUUACCGGAAAACGAAAGCAUAAGAGAAAUUUUGGCCAAAGGGCAGACGCGUGACGAAUUCAGACGGGCCAUCAAUCUGUUAAAAGACAAAUAUUUACCUUUUCAUACAGGAGUUUUGCCGUGGGACAACGUCCAGAAUGAUUACAACUUAGUUUUUCCUCCUUGGUUGUGUCAGCCGUAUCUCAGGGCGAUACCGCCGAGUCGUGUGGACACCACGGAAGUCGAUGUAGAAUCAAAUAAUUUACUAGCUAAUGAAAAAGAAAAUUUAAAACGGACUAACGAAGAAGACAUCACUGAAGAAUUGCAAAUGUCAAAGAAAAAAAUGAAGAAAUUGAAUAAAAUCAAAAACAAAUCCAGUAGUUCGCAACGCGGGUUCGAAGAGCUCUGUUCAAAUUGCAAAAAUCCAAAGGGAUUAAAAUGUGAAUACAAUUUUUGCAAGAAGUGUUGUCGAGACAAAUGUUAUUUAGAAGUGGCUGAUUGUUUGGGUCAUCGUAUAUUAGUGAAAACGAACAAAAAUGUUGUAAGACACAAAAAAGAAGAUAAAGAAAAAUUAGAAUGUAAACAGAUUUGCACCGAAGUCAGUUGAAACGCUAAACAGAUUUACAUUUUAUUAUCGUCCAAAGGCAAGAUACAGUAUUACAUAUAUUAUCAAAAACUAUGGACAGCAUAACUUUUUAUCUACUCGAACUCGUUACAUUACAUUUCAGUUGUUACUUAUCUAAUAUUUUAUAUUAAUAAUUACAUAACAAAGUAUAUUGACAAAUAAUAGUUUGCCGUAAAUGUGUGAAUUUACUUUUGAAACAAUUGAAAAUGUUGUAUGGAAUAAAAGUAACUUGGUGGGAAUUAUUAAUUCUAGACAAGUCGUGUAAUGUUGACUAUUUUAUGUUAAAAAAAUAUGUAUAA